AACGGCAAAAAAACGUACACUGCUAUCCAGUUUAUGAGAUAGCCGACCAUGACCGGCACAACGGUACUGUGGACCGCGCAGCGCUCAGUCGACAGCGCGGCCUUAACCGCCAUGGGUCGUUCCCUGCUCAAGACGUACCAAACUUUCGCCACAAAAAAUGUUCGAUACGCAACCACGGGCUGCCCGUUUUCGAAACGGCAGCGUUCCCAAAUAGCCCCAACAGCUGAGGUUAGCGAAGAAAUUUUCGCUAACGCCAAACCUUACUCCGAAGUGCCGGGGCCUAAACCGAUUCCGAUUUUGGGGAAUACGUGGCGUAUGGUGCCCGUGAUCGGUCAGUUCGAUAUAUCCCAGUUCGCGAAAGUGACGAAGUCAUUCCUGGAUAAAUAUGGUCGGAUUGUCCGAUUGGGUGGUUUGAUCGGACGUCCGGAUUUGUUGUUUGUGUACGAUGCUGACGAGAUUGAGAGGAUGUAUAGGCGCGAGGGUCCGACGCCAUUCAGACCAGCUAUGCCGUGCCUGGUGAAGUAUAAGUCGGAGGUCAGGAAGGACUUCUUCGGAGAGCUGCCAGGAGUUGUGGGGGUACAUGGCGAGAAAUGGCGCCAGUUCCGCUCAAAAGUCCAACGCCCGAUCCUCCAGCCCCAAACCGUGAAGAAAUACGUGGCCCCCAUUGAGACCGUUACUGAAGACUUCAUCAAGUACAUGGAGAACGCCAGAGACGAGCAAGGGGACCUGCCUCAUGAGUUCGACAACGAUAUUCAUCGGUGGUCAUUGGAGUGUAUCGGACGAGUAGCGCUCGACACGCGACUUGGCUGCCUAUCAUCCGAGCUGACCAAAGAAUCUGAGCCGCAACGCAUUAUAGACGCGGCAAAAUUCGCACUGAGGAACGUCGCUGUGUUGGAACUGAAGGCGCCGUACUGGCGGUAUAUACCGACGCCGCUGUGGACGAAAUAUGUUAAUAAUAUGAACUUCUUUGUCGAGUUGUGCUCAAAAUACAUAAACGAAGCGUUGGAAAGGCUAAAGACCAAGAAAGUGACCUCCGAAAACGACUUGUCCCUACUAGAGCGAGUCCUGGCCAGUGAAGGCGACCCCAAGAUAGCCACCAUCAUGGCGCUUGACCUCAUUCUUGUGGGAAUUGACACGAUAUCAAUGGCUGUCUGCUCAAUUCUAUACCAAGCGGCCACUCGUCUGCCGCAGCAAGAAAAGAUGGCGGAGGAGAUCGCACGAGUCUUCCCUGAUCCUAGUAAACCCAUCAAUUAUGCGGAUCUGGAUAAGCUGCAUUACACUAAAGCCUUCGUUAGAGAAGUAUUUAGAAUGUAUUCAACUGUCAUUGGCAAUGGGCGUACUUUGCAAGAAGACGAUGUCAUUUGCGGAUACCAUAUUCCUAAGGGGGUUCAAGUGGUAUUCCCCACCAUAGUGACCGGCAACAUGGAGCAAUUCGUGUCCAACCCGCUGGAGUUCAAGCCCGAGCGUUGGCUAGAGGGCGACGGGCGGCUACAUUCCUUCGCGUCCCUGCCCUAUGGAUUUGGAGCUAGGAUCUGCUUGGGACGGCGGUUCGCUGACUUGGAGAUACAAGUUCUGCUGGCUAAGUUGAUCCGGCGAUACCGGCUAGAAUACCACCACGAGCCCCUCGACUAUGCGGUCACCUUCAUGUACGCGCCGGAUGGCCCUCUGCGUCUGCGCAUGAUUGAACGAUAAGCACUGACUGUUAGUAGACCUUAUGUAGUUGUAAUAAGGAUUACGAAUGGUUAAGUAUGGUAGUUACCCAUAUAUGUAACACAAAUUUA